GAGCUCCACAGUGAGCUCAAGGCCGCCGACCUUAGGGUCGCCGUCGACAAGUCCCGAGUGCUCGGGAACUCGCCUGCGGUUAGAGCCUCGAUCGCUUCGAAGCUCCGUAGCCUUCAACCCCUGCCCGUGAGAGCUGAGAGAAACCUCGGUGUCGAUUUCUCCUCGGGGCUCGCUGGAGGGGGCAAGGCCACGUCCGCCUCCCGUGUCAAGGCUAUGUGCAAGCGGCGGCAGCGUAUGUCCAUCCCCAGGGGCUCCAAACCUCGUCGCCGCGUGCUUGGGCGCAUGGCUCGAAGUGCUCUGGAGUCGUCCGUGUUGCAUGGGUCUUCCGUGGUCGGCAUUAACGGGCAGGAGUUGGAGGUGCUUAGAGGUGCUGCUGGCAGGCUUCAGGACCAUCGCAUGGCUGGUAAAUCCCGCACCCUGGCCCUGUUACUGGCUCCUGUGCCCCGUUUGGACACCAUUUUCAGGGCCACGUGGUUGCCCGUGAAGGCUUUCCUCUUCGCCUUGUGGCACUCCUGGCUCCCUAAGGACGCACUGAACUUCGGCCUCCGUGAGGCCCAUGAGAGGCUUGUGAAUCUGGAGCACCCGUGGUCCUCCAUUCGGGGCCCUUUCAGUGCUUUGUGGGCCACUCCCAAACGUGUGGGGAUCACGGCCACUUCGGCUACCUCCUGGACUUGGCCCGAUGGGGCUGUCAUCAACCCCUCGGACUUCUGCCCCGUCACCAUCCAGGAGCUCGUGUACCGUGCCGUUGAGUGUUGGCAGUUCGCCAAGGUUGCCGACCACUUGGACCUCCCCGAGUUUGGCAACGGCGUCAUCCUUAGCCCCCUGAAGGCCCUGCUCAGCACCAAGAGUAAGCUCACAGCCCAGCAGAGAGGCCGCCACCUGGGCAACCAGUAUGCUGGGGGCUGGGAGGACCUGGCAGCUUCACGGGUGACAUUUACCCUGACGGGUCGGUAUUUGAAGCUGAGCAUCCCAGCCUUGCGAGUGCGGGCUGGGGGUGCGUGGCGCUUCAUCCGGACUGCCUUCAGGUUGUCUCCUUUUGCUCUGGCCCUGUGCUCGACCCGUUGCAGUGCAUCAAUGCUGCUGAGCUCAUUGCUGUCAUCCAUGUGCCGCGCUUUGCAGCGCCGCCUGUGCGUAUGUUUCCGGACUCAGCUUUUGUUGCUGAUGGCUUCCACGAACGUGGGCGUGCGGCCGCCACCGCCUGUGUCGCUGCGCACGCUCAUCUCUGGAGGGAAUUUUGGCGGUUGGUGGAUGACUGGGGGGGACGGGUUUGAGCUCUCGAAAGUCAAAGGCCAUGUGGCCGCUAGUGACAUCCAGCAUGGGCGCGCCACGGAGCGCCACAGGUUUGGCAAUGCGAUGGCCGACCGCGCUGCUAAGAGUGCCGCUGCGCAUGCGAGGGCGCCGCGUCUAGGCCGCGCGCAGCUGCAGGCACGAUCCAAGGUUGUCAAGACUUGGGGAGGCUGGAUCGGCCGACUCAGCGAGUGGCUCGAAGAUUGUGGCCACCCCAAGCGGCACAAUCGGGGCAAGCCGCGCCUUCCAAGGCUUUUUGUUGUGCGUGAGCCUGCCCCAUCCGACGUAGCCUCUCGCGUGCUGGCGGCGCAGAGGAAGCUUGAGGAUGGAGUGCGCAAGCAUGAGUUUAUUCGGAUUGCCCUGUGCGAAGGCCCCACGGUCGUGGGCUGUGCGCGCUGUGGCAACUUCGCAGCUGUUCGUGUCGCAGCUCUCAGCCAGCCUUGCCCGCAUGCGGCCACCGAUCAUGCCAUGAAGGUGCGCAAGCGCCUCAGCAAAGGCGAGUUUCGCCUCGGUGCGAAGGUGUUUCGUGUCGCAGCGCAGGCGCCGCUGGUCGAGGACGCCGCCGCUGGCUCUUACCUCGCCUCCCAGCUGGAGGCUUGUGACGACUGUGCGGCUGCUGAUGCUUCGGGCCGACCUUCGAGAGUAUCCCACCUGUCUGGUGAGGACGCGGGCGCCAACUCGGAGGAAGGAGGUCUUGAGGUGUCGUCGUGGUCGAGCGGCGGAGGUGGAGACAGCAUCCCUGCGCCUGCGGUGGCGGCCAGCGCUUCGGCAGCACACCUGCUGGAGGCAG